UCUGAAGACAGCCUCAGAGGGGUGUCCAGAGGCUGACUGUGAGGGCCAGAGGGCAGAGACGGGGAGGGACACAGCAAAGGAACGACAUACGGAGCCAGAAAGGGAAGGAGCAGCCCCAAAGGGACAAGGAGCCCAACAUCCAUCCUUGCAGCCACAGCCACAGUGGGAGCCAGCCCUGGGAGCAGCUCCGCUGCCCGUCUGUCCCCAUGGGCCUCUGCGGGCCAUGGCUGCACACUUCUGUCCUCUGGGCCGCAGUGGCCAGCCUGCUCCUCCCCCCCGCCAUGACCCAGCAGCUGAGAGGGGCUGGACCCGGCCCCAGCAACUGGGACGACCAUGCAGGAGCUUCGGGGCCCUCAGAGGACGUGUCGGGCAAGUCUGACCACCACGGAAGCCAUGGAGAUGAGAAUGGGGAUGUUUCCACAGACAAUGGGCACCAUUUCUGGGGCCACGGAGACCACGGAGAAGAGGAUGAAGAUGUCUCCAGAGAAUCUCAAGGCCAUAGGUACCAAGGCCACGAGGUGGGAGAUGAUAACAUCUCUGACGAGGAGGAGUACCCCAAGCAUGCUCAGCAGGCCCAUGGACACAGACGCCACGGAAAUGAAGACGCAGAUGAUUCAGCUGAGCGCGGGGACCUCUUCCCCAGCCACGGGAGCCAGAGCCAUCAAGACGAGGAGGAGGAGGAAGUUGUGUCCAGUGAGCAUCACCAACAUCACGUCAUCAGGCAGGCCCACCGAGGCCACAGAGAAGAGGAAGAUGAAGACGAGGAAGAGGAGAAUGUCUCCACUGGGUAUGGACAGCAGGUCCACAGAUGGCAGGACCGUGGGGAGCAGAAGGACGAAAACGGCUCAGAGGAACACGACCACGGCCAUGGCCCCAGCCACAGACACGGGGGCCACAAAGAUGAUGAUGAUGGCGGUGAUGCUGUCUCCACCAAGCACAGACAUCAAGUCCACAGGCACCAAGAUCAUGGGGAGGAGGAGGAGGAGGAGGAAGAGGAGGCUGUCUCAGAGGAACAUCCCCACCAUCACAGCCCCAGCCACAGACACCGGGGCCACGAAGAAGAAGAUGAUCAUGAAGAUGAUAUUGUCUCCACUGAGCACAGACAUCAAGUCCACAGGCACCGAGACCAUGGGGAGGAGGAGGAUGAAGAUGACUCAGAGGAACAUCCCCACCAUCACAGCCCCAGCCACAGACACCAGGGCCACGAAGAAGAAGAAGAUGAUGAUGAAGAUGACAAUGAUAUUGUCUCAACUGAGCACAGACAUCAAGUCCACAGGCACCGAGAUCAUGGGGAGGAGGAGGAUGAAGAUGACUCAGAGGAACAUCCCCACCAUCACAGCCCCAGCCACAGACACCAGGGCCACGAAGAAGAAGAAGAUGAUGAUGAAGAUGAUGAUGAUAUUGUCUCCACUGAGCACAGACAUCAAGUCCACAGGCACCGAGAUCAUGGGGAGGAGGAGGAUGAAGAUGACUCAGAGGAACAUCACCACCAUCAUGGUGGCAACAAGGAAGACGAGGAUGAGGAUCUGUCCACGGAACACUGGCACCAGGCCCCCAGACAUACCCACCAUGGCCUUGGAGAUGAGGAGGAGGAGGAAGAAGAAGAGGAGAUCACAGUCAAGUUCAGCCACCAUGUUGCAAGCCCCCAACCCCAAGGCCACAAGAGCGCUAAGGAGGAGGACUUCCCAGAAGAUUAUAAAAAAGCAGUCCCUGGCCAUGACCACCAUGGAGUCCCCAAGGAGGAAGAUGAGGACAUCUCUGCCAGGCUUGGCCACCAGGCUCCCAGCCACAGGCUGCAAGACCACAGAGAUGAGGGGACUGGCCACAGAGGGUCCAUCAAGGAAGAGAUGAGCCCCCGGUCCCCAGAACAUAUCGGGGUGAAGGAUAGAAGCCACUUAAGGGAGAGUGAUUCUGAGGAGGACGAGGAAGAGAAGGAAGAGGAUCACAGCUCCCAUGAAGAAGCCAACGAAGGUUCAGAAGAGGGAGGAGAAGACACCCACCAUGGCAGCCUGGAUGACCAGGAGGAUGAGGAAGAUGAGGAGGAAGGGCAUGGCCUCAGCUUGAGCCAGGAGGAGGAGGAAGAGGAGAAGGAGGAAAAGAGAGGAGAGAGAGCUAAGGUUUGGGUCCCACUGAACCAAGACCACCAGGAGGAAGACAAAGAGGAGGUGGGGCUCGAAGAAGAUGAACUCCCCUUCACCAUCAUCCCCAACCCGCUGACCCGGAAGGAGGUGUCUGGAGGUGCCUCCAGUGAGGAGGAGAGUGGCGAGGACAUGGGUCAGCAGGAUGCCCAGGAGUAUGGGAACUACCAGCCAGGGUCCCUGUGUGGCUACUGCUCCUUCUGCAAUCGAUGCACUGAAUGUGAGAACUGUCACUGUGACGAAGAGAACAUGGGAGAGCAUUGCGACCAAUGCCAGCACUGUCAGUUCUGCUACCUCUGCCCGCUGGUCUGCGAAACUCUCUGCUCCCCGGGAAGCUACGUCGACUAUUUCUCCUCGUCCCUGUACCAAGCCCUGGCAGACAUGCUGGAAACUCCGGAACCCUGACCCAGCCUCGUGGCUGCGGCGCAGACAUACCUCCCUGGCCCUCCAACCCCUUUCCACAAGCCAUAUUUAUUUCUCUGAAUAAACGUGCUCCCCGAGACCUCACUGUCAGGCGUGGGGUCGUGGAUUUGAGGGAGAAGGGGCCUGAACUCCUCGAGGUGUUUGAUUACUAGGUCCUGAUAAAUAAAUCAGUCAACACGGGA